GGGAAGAUAUGUAAAGGAGAGAAAAGGCAUAAUUUAAACCAACCACAGUAACUUCGAACUUUUGAGAAAAAAGGGAGCGUAAUACCACACAGCUGGUCUGAGAGACCUUCUGCGAAAGUUUAACAUCAAAGUGUUGUGGUUUUCUUAACAAAUUUCAUUUUCUAGCUGUUUUUUCUGUAUACAAGUAAGUAGCAUAUCUUAUCUGUUUAAUUUAUUUCAAUUCUUUUUUGGAUCGUACUUUCCCUUUGUAUAUAAAUAAAUAAUAAUGAUAUGAUAGAAUAUAUUCCUAAUUGUUUUUGUGUUGCUGAUCACAACUCUACAUAGUUAAUUAGGAACAAUAAUAAUUAUCUUUUUGAGAAGGUGUUAAGAUCGGAAUAAGAAAGAAUAGAUAUAAUUGAAUAAUUAUCGUUGAGAUCAAAUUUUACUUUAUAAUUGAAAGUCUGCAUGAUGUUAUGAAACGUAUGAGAUUAAUUGCAUGCAUAAAUAAACAAUGAUGGAUGGAAUAAUAAUAUUUCAGCGUGGAGUGCAAGUGGUAGAGGAAAGCUAGAAAUCAUCAACAGGGUUCACAUUAAAUUAAUAAGGUAAUCAGUAAGAAUGGAAGGAGGGCCGGAGGCAGCGAGUAAGCAAGAGUUCAUGGAAUUCUGGAAAAGAGCAACCAGUUCGCCUUACAUCAUGCGCCUUGCUCUAUCAGCCGGAAUUGGAGGUCUCCUCUUUGGCUACGAUACCGGUGUUAUCUCCGGAGCCUUGCUUUACAUUCGCGAAGACUUUGUAGAAGUUGAUAAGAAAUUAUGGUUGCAGGAAGUCAUUGUAAGUAUGGCUGUAGCGGGAGCCAUUAUUGGUGCUGCACUUGGUGGAUGGAUGAACGACAUGCUCGGCCGUAAGACCUCUAUCUUGGGGGCUGAUAUUGUUUUCUUUCUUGGCGCAAUAGUCAUGGCUAUUGCCCCAGCUCCUUGGGUCCUCGUCAUUGGAAGAAUUUUGGUUGGUUUUGGAGUUGGCAUAGCUUCCAUGACUUCCCCUCUCUAUAUCUUAGAAGCCUCUCCAGCUACCAUUAGAGGAGCUCUCGUUUGUAUCAAUGGUCUCCUCAUCACCUUUGGCCAAUUCCUCUCUUACCUUAUCAACCUCGCAUUCACCACGACUCCUGGAACGUGGCGUUGGAUGCUUGGGGUGGCCGGACUUCCGGCGGUGGUUCAGUUCGUUUUAAUGCUGACCCUUCCUGAGUCACCGAGGUGGUUGUACAACCAAGGGAAAGAAAAUGAGUCAAGGAAAAUCCUGGAAAAGAUUUAUAGAGCAGACGAGAUUGAAGGGGAGAUAAAAGCGAUGAGAGAAGCCGUAGAACAAGAGAAGCAAGAGGAAGGGUUGAUCGGUCAAACUCUUAGAGAGAAAAUGAAGGCUGCUUUCAGCAACGUUGCUGUUCGAAGAGGAUUGUAUGCAGGCGUGACUGCUCAAGUCGCUCAACAAUUCGUUGGCAUCAACACCGUCAUGUAUUACAGCCCAACCAUUGUUCAGUUUGCCGGCAUUGCAUCAAAAUCUACCGCACUUGCACUCUCCCUCGUCACAUCUGGUCUCAACGCCGUUGGAUCUAUCCUCAGCAUGCUUUGCAUCGAUAAAUAUGGAAGGAGAAAGCUCAUGCUCCUAUCCCUUAUUGCAAUCAUCGUUUGCCUCCUCACUCUAACUGGAGUUUUCUAUCAGGCAGCUACAACCGCUCCUCCAAUUGACAACGUUGACACCCUCAGCUUCGGUGCUAACGCUACAUGCCAGGCUUAUCUUGAUGCCCCUAAUGUCUCUUCAUGGAACUGCAUGAAAUGUUUGAAAGCUGAAUGUGCCUUCUGUGCCAGCACUGGGGGCAAUGUAAGUUCAUCACUUCCAUCUCUUUCAACUUAUAUAUAUCUAUGUAUUAGUCUAAUCUAAUCUUAACAUAAUCAAUGAACAUGAUGCAGCAU